GUUCCGAUAUGACGGAGAUUCGAGCCGAGGGGAGCAGCUUUUCGAGGGUAUGGUGCUGAUCGACAUCAUCGACAUCAACUCGAAUCCCUUUGAUCCUCGCUCACCAGACCAUAGAUCAAUAGAAUCGUGAAACCCCAUAGAAGGAUCUCUUUGACUUGUUGAUCGUUUCAACUCGGCCGAAAGACAAAGCAGCGAAAACCCGAGCACGAAAAAAGGAACCAGAGGACAUCCUUUGGAUCGAACAGCUCGGCCAGGAAACUAGCUCGUAGACAGCGCAAACAGGUUCAUCGCCGACCUGGUAUAUAGCACCAGAGGAACUCCGAUCACGGUUCCCUCUUCACCGUUCAUUCCAUCACCACCACACACCUCAUCCAACGACAACACGGCGCAAAGAUGAGCUUUAUGAACAACCUCAGCCGACAGGCUUUGAACCGCAAUGUUCUCUCGACCCUCCGAACCCAGUCCCGUGGACUCGCUACGACUUCCAACUCGACCCUCCGAUCGUCCUCGAUCCGCACCGGUCUCGCCGCCCUGAACAGCAGCAAGACCGUCGGCUCGUCUUUGCUCGCCAGGCGAUUCAUCUCGGAGACCUCUGUCAGGUCGGAUGGAGGGUUGAACGAUCCUCCCGAGGAUGGGAUUCACCCGGAGAUGCCUAGUGCGAUGCACCUCCAACCUCCCCCUGCUCCGGGAACCGAUUUCAACGUCGCCAUGGUCGGAGCCGGAAACAUCAUGUUCGGAAGUGACGAAGGUCCUUGGAACCACUCGUUCCGAUUCGAGCACAAGCUCGGUCCCCGACUCAAGGUCGUCGCCCUGAUCGACCCCGCCGUCGCGCGUGCCGAGGCCGUCUUGGCCGGCAAGAGGGCCAGUUUCGUAGAGUCUGCUUACAGAGACACUGUCGUCUACAAGACUGUCGAGGAGUUCCGAGAGGCCAUGACUCCCGAGAAGGAACCCCACGCCAUUGUUGUCGGAUCUCCUCCUGCUUACCGAGGCGGAGUCAAAGCCCCUCGAGACCUCGAGCUCAGGCUGUUGAAGCUCUUCCCCAACUCGUCCUACUUUAUUGAGAAGCCCGUCUCCUGUGGUCCCGUCCCCGAGGCCAUGGAGCUUACCCAAGCUUUGGUCGACUCUGGCAACAUCAUUUCUGUUGGAUACAUGCUUCGUUACCUGCGAUGCGUUCAAAAGAUGAAGCAGAUCAUCGCUACCAACAACUUGACCGUCAUGGGUACCAUCGCGCGAUACGCUUGUGCUUACGAGGCCAUUGCCAAGCCCGCUUGGUGGAACAAGGCUAUCGAUAUGGGUCCCGUUAUCGAGCAGGGUACUCACUUCUGUGAUCUCUCUCGAUACUUCGGUGGAGAUGUCGACAUCACCUCGGUUCAGGCUCACUCGGUCGAAUGGGACGAGGCUCCCGGUCAGCUUAGCCGAGUUCCGGUUGACGAGAGCAAGAUUGCCGAAGAGUUGAGGAUUCCCAGGAUGACCAGCGCCACCUGGAAGUACAAGAACGGUGCUAUCGGUAGCUUUGUCCACGCCGUUGCCCUUCAGGGAACUGCCUACUCCUGCGAGUUGGAAGUUAUCUGUGACGGUUUCCAGAUGAGGCUGGUCGACCCUUACAACGCGCCCGUUCUUUACUUGCGACGACCCGGCGAUGACAUCGAGGAGCGUCACGCUUACUCUGACGACGAUCCCUUCUUCAGCGAGGUCUCGAACUUCGUUGACUGCAUCGAGGGUGGCCCUGACCCCCACAUCCUCUCCUCCUUUGAGGACGCUACCAAGACCUACGAACUCACCUGGGCUAUCAGGCGAGCUUCCGAGGCUAGCAGUGCCCAGCGUGUUCAGAGGGAGGCUGCUGAGCGCGUCUUGGAGUGAUCGUCGAUCUCCCCUGCCCCCCGUAAUGACCAGCGAGACCACGCGUCCAACUUAAUUCGAAGCUCGUGAUAGUGCACAUUGUUUGGCUCGGAAAUUUGUCCCAAGAUGUAAUACUAGUAUGCAGUCAUGGUAGUCAGUGAGGUUC